GUAUAAGUGAGGUAAUACUGCUUAUUAUUGUCAGAAACAAUCAUGAAUGUCAUUUAUACUAUUGAGACUGGAAGGAGUUAUUCUUGGAUUUUUUGUGUAUGUUGUAAACGUGAAGUGCACAGAGACAUUUGAUCGGAAUGGAGAGCAGCACAGUCCCUCUCCGCCACACAGAGUUACAGGGGAACGUCAAGUUGCCCAGGCGAUUUACGACGCCCGGAAGUUGUGACGACUCGACGGAUCGCUUGGAGGAUUUAGCCCAGGCCAUGAGUUGGGUUCGACAAGAGCUAAUACAGUUACGCCAGCAUGAUAUUCUCUUAAAGAGACAGUUUUGUGACAUACAAGACACAAUACGUUCAUUGCGUAAAACACGAGUUCCACGUCAUGAGAUUAUGUCAUCUACCUCAAGUCUUCAUUCUACUGCUAGCAGUGUGGAUAUUACGAUGGAAAAUUACGGAGUAAGGACGGCUACUAGCGCCACCUUACUUCAGGAAAGUGAAGACUCUGUGGACGAAGCAUUUCCUUUCAGUCGACCACGUACGUCGUCCAUGAAAACUAUACGUGAUCUUGCCGCGCUUGCGCGGAGAAGAGGAAGUAAAGAGAUGAUAUGAUGUCAAAUACAAUGUUUUAUGAUGUACCUGUGAUUAAUAUUGUGAUUCUAAGAGGGAAUAUGGUCAGAUGGUAAAUGUGACCCCGAAUGUAUAUCAUGCAUGUUAUACACUACGGAUACAUGUAGAUCUCAACUGUCUUGACGCAUUGAAAAUUUUGCUAUGGGUCACUUUAAAAUGUCAAAAUGUGUAUUUUUUUAAAAAAUAUUCAGCUCUAUGUGUCCCCUGACUUUAUUAUGUAAAUAAGAAUGACAUUAGAUUAUAAAUGUGCAAACUGCCAAACACUUCCAUUUUUUCAUCUUUUAUAGGUCUCAACUUUUUUGUGCCCCGAUUUCGCAUUUCUAAUCAGAAAAAUAAUGUAAAUAUAAGAAAUGAAAUUUAAUUUUUUGAAAAUUCAUGAGGUACUUGAACUGAAAUAUGCCGGCAUGAAGCGUCGUAGUUCAUGUCCUCAUGAAUCUGCAAAAAUUAAAUUCAUUUCUUUAAUAUCUGAAACAUAUUCCCGAUUAUUGCUUAAAAUGAUUCCCGAAAUCAGGCCAAAUGGUAACAAUAUUAUCUGGUGAAAAUGACAUUUUGUCCGUGAAAACGUUAAAUUAUCUCAUAAAUAAAGCCUUAUCCUGUGAAAACGAGAGAGUAUCCCGUGAGAACGAUUUAUUUUCUCGUUUUCACGUGAUAUUAUCUCGUAAAAAAGACGUAUUUUCUUGUGACAACGACAUAAUUAUUAUUUUCUCGUGAAAACGAUAUAAAAUUUAUGAAAGACAUAUUUUCUUGUGAAAAUGACAAAUUAUCUCACAAAACCGAGACCCUCUGUAGUCCAACACAAAAUGAGACAAUUUUUCGUUUUCACGAAAUAAUAUCUCGUUUUUACGAGAUAAUUUCUCGUUUUCACGAGAUGACUUCUCGUUUUCACGAGAAAAUAAGUUAUUUUAUAAGUAUGUCGUUUUAACAAGAUAAGGUCGUUCUCACAAGAAAAUAAUUAUGUCGUUUUCACGAGAUAAUAUUUCGUUUUCACAAGAUACUAUCUCGCUUUCUUGAGAUUUUUUUUUUUCAAUUUUAAGACAUAUUUUUUUUGGUAUUUGAAAAAUCAAUUUCGUGUCCCUAUUGUCCCACCGUAGGUAGGAGUCCUACCAAAGAAGUUUUGUUUUGAAUGACACUCAUGCAACUAGUGCAUUAUCAAACUUUUGGCUACUUUUUUUCCAAUGUUUUUUUUUAAACAGACCGACAGGAAUUAUGAAGAAUAAAGGAAAUUAAACAUA